AUCUAUACCGUGACGAGAUUAACAUAAGAUGUUGUCAGGAAAUUCACGACUUUUUCGUCCCAAAACAUUUGACAUCGUAUACUUCUGAGAGGAAAACAGAUAUAAUUUGACGUUAUCAGAAUAAGGAACCUGUUCAAAUCGGACACUAUUGAAGAUGCCGCCUUCUCUGAAAAAAAAAAUCCUAUUAAAAUUUGUGAGAUUACACCUCACACUAGUAAAGUUUUAAGUUACUAGUACUCGGCCAAACGAACUGUAACCAAAAACAUUAAGGAAACGGACUAGAGAAGCCCUUCAAAGAUAUUUCAUAAAGAAUAAUCAAAUAUUUUUUUACUUCAACAUUAAAGCAUUAAAGUAACACUGAAAGAAAAGCUUAUUCAGCUAUGAGGCAAUAAACAGUGUUUUACUAGACGGUGCCCGCGUACUCUGUCAUCAUAGAUAAGCACAUUUUCUGCUUUUCUGUUAGUUUGCAUUUGAUUGCAAUGAGAUAAGUCGAAAAUGUUUAAAACUGCGCCUUUUGUGUGACUAUUGUUGCAAGCUCUUCGUUAAUACUAGAGAUUCUAUGGAGUUGUGUAUAUGUGAAUUGUGCAUAUACUUUCAGAGCUUUAGCGAUUUGCCAGCUGAUUGAAUCCUGGAUGGGGGUCUUGGUUGUGUACACAGAACAUUGGUUAUGUACACACAGAGGCACACACAGAUGCGUGGUAUAGGGAGCGGCAAAAUACAGUGGUGUUUUCAAACCAAACAGACAGCAAGUUGGAAAAUAAACAUCUUGGUCCCUCUUUGACGUCUUGCUCUCUUUUUCUUCACGUACCUUCUCUAAGUUGUGGCCCUCAUUCAGUCAUUCUUUGAUGCAACAGCACACCCCUUGUUUGGUUUCGAUCGACCAAAGUUCUCUUCAAACGUGCUGUAAUAGACGACCGUAUAUACAAUGAAAUAACCUUGAAUCCGAAAAUGUUAAAUAGACGAUAGAUUUGCUGUCUAUCAAUUCUCGAUUAAUUACCAACGAAUUCGCUUCCGACGGUGACAACAUAACUUCGAUGAACAAACAGAAGGGUUAAAUGCAAAUGUCAGUUACGGAGGAUAGACAAUUUUGUUUGUUUACAGUCUUGGUAACGCAGAGAAAGGAGAAAGAAGAGGACAAGUUGGAGAGAAGUAGUAGCGUCAGGCUCCACUGGCUUCUGCAAUGUUUAUCUUCGUUGGAACAAUCACAACAAAUAAACUUGGACGUCUUUCUCUUUUUCCAUCCCCGUCUCUUCUGUUUAGUGCUAUUAUUCCCUCCCACAGCAUAGCAGCAGCAACGGCUGCGUCAGUCUCAAAUUCUACAGUCCUUGUUUUGUGGGUGGCCUAACUUGCUCUGCUGACGAAAAUUUACUAAUAAAGAGAGGGUCGGUCUCUAAAUUCUCUUUCUGUUGUUCCAACUCUAAAUGUGUUUUCAACAAUUUCUUGCUCUUCCUGCAUUUUAGAUUUUGUGUUAACAAGCUUUUGUCAACAUGAAGCACGACUUACCAUCCGCUGGAAGGUAUCAUACCGAUUGUAGAUUUAUUAUUUUCCCCGUUUAUCUUUUUCCUUCAAAGCUUUCCUCUUGAUUUACGUUGUGUGCCGAUAACGGGUUGCUUCAUCAGUUAAUUAGGACAACUUUAGAAAGAUAACGAAAAAAAGAAAUGACUGUUGUUUUUUCUUCAACGGCGUGGGCGGUCACAAAUAGUAUUGGCAGUUAUGUACCAACGUGUUGCUUUUGUUCUCACUCGUUUCCAGACUCCGGUGUGUUUUGUUGACGAUGGAGAUGCUGCUGCCAACAAGCAAUCACUUUUCCCAUCCCCUUUCAUUUAGACUUCUUUCUCUUACAGAUCGGAGGAAGAAAGCUGUUUCGGAAGGAGGGGCUACAUGUUGACACACGCCCAGUGUCUCUCGAACCUGCUUUUUUUCUUUAUAUUUUUUUUCCCGAACAGCCGAUGCCGCCGCAGUUGCUUCCGUCGAGGUCGAUUCACAUGACGCUUGAACCAUUCAAAGUACAGUCCACUGUUGUUGAUUUCUUCGGUUUGACACAGAAUUGAAAACAAAAUUGACUGAUAAUUAGAGGGUCCAGAUUCCAUUGGAACACAGGUAGGCGUAAUAUGUCCGUCAGCGUUAGUGGUCUUGGCUGGGAAGCACGUGAAUCCAUCGUGAUUCAAUGAUUUUUGGGCUUUCCGCGUUUGUUUAAUUUGUUCGGACUUUGUUAUUGUUGUUUUUAUUUUAUUUUUUCCUUCUUUUCUUUUUCUUUUUUUUUUUUUAAGUCGUUUUGUGAACGGGGUGCCAGUAUCUUAUCAGCUCGGAUGUGCUUAUUGUUGAGUGACUUCAUCAGGCGUGAUACUAAAGCUCCUAGGGGAAUUUUUAUUUUUUUCGUUCGUGACCAACAUUAAGGUUGUCGCGAUCAUUUGCGUUCCAUUCUUCUGGUAACCAACAUUAUGGAUGGUUCAUCUGCCACUUCACAGCAAAUCUUGAUGGACUACUUUCGGAUUCCGAGUAAUCCAUCUACAUGGAUGCCUCAACAACAUUUUGGAUCAUAUAGUCCCUUCAGUCGUUACCUCUGGUCAGCGGCCGAAGGUUACCCGGCAUUGGAAUUAAUUCCAUCAGCAGCCGCAACAGAAAAACCACCGUACUCCUACAUCGCCCUCAUCGCUAUGGCCAUCCAAUCGGCUUCAGACAAAAAAAUCACAUUAAAUGGAAUAUAUCAGUUCAUCAUGGACCGGUUUCCCUACUAUCGAGAAAACCGCCAAGGAUGGCAAAAUUCCAUAAGACACAAUUUGAGUUUAAAUGAUUGUUUCAUCAAAGUACCGAGGGAGAAAGGUCGGCCGGGAAAAGGUGCAUUUUGGACUCUGGACCCGGGAUGUUAUGACAUGUUUGAACAUGGAAACUAUCGACGUCGAAAGCGAAAACCAAGGACGAUCCAUCAAACAUCCAUCCAACCAGUAACGCCACAACAUGAACAGCAGUCUCAGCUGAAUCGGCGCGAGGACAAAUUUGUUUUCAGUAUUGAAAAUAUUCUACGGCCAGAUCCGUUGCCUGGUCAAAAGGAACCAAUCGCGCAUCUGCCGCUCGGCUCCUGCUAUACAGGCCAGCUUGUCAAUCAUCGGUUCGUCAACUCAUUAACGUAGUUAGUAAUAGGAAGUAGUAGCGACGGAAAAAGGGGGUGAAAAAUGCAAACUACAUCUUUUUCAUUCGUUUUUUUUUCUGUGUGCAACUUCAGACCAAUUAAAGCAACUUUAAUUGGUGUAGUAGGCUCUAUAUUUAUGUACAUCUUGCGACGUGCUAUUCAUUAGCGACUAAUUAAAAAUGUCUGCAUUUCUCUCCCCCUUUUUCCAAGUAUUUCUCUCUAUUUGAUUUCAUUUCUGAAAUAUACAAGCAACCGUUAUGAUAUGUAUUGGUGUACGAUGAGGAAGAAGAAAAACCGGUGAAGCUUAUUUGGUGCCUUUGAUUUCUACAACUUGUCAAUUCGUUAGCAAUUUUUCCCUUUGUUGUCGUAUGGUCUCUAUCUUUGUUUCUUGAUUGUUUGAAAAAAAUCCUUGUGACUGAUUGUUUUAGAUUAUAUAAUGAACUCGUCAUCAUGUCUCUCUUGCUUCAAGGGGAAAGAGUCAAUACAUUUGAUUGCCAAUCAAA